AUAACUGUCUUUUUUUAGACGUUGGGGGCGGCAUUUAUCAAAAUAUUUCUUGCUGAUGAUUGAACCAGUGUGUUGUGUUGCUGACAGACGGAGGGAAAAAGUACACCAGAAUAUCAAAAUGGAUCUCAGCUGGAAAGUCAAAGAUGUUCAGAUGCGAGCAGUCAUCAAUCAAAAGUUGAUUGAAACCGGGGAGAAAGAAAGGUUGAAAGAACUUCUACGGAACAAGCUUAUAGAGUGCGGUUGGCGGGACCAGUUGAAGGCACAUUGUAAAGAUGUUGUCAGAAGGAAAGGUAUAGAACACGUGACAGUUGAUGACCUAGUGGCGGAGUUAACACCAAAAGGAAGAGAGCUAGUCCCCGAUGACGUGAAGAAGGAGCUCCUGCAGAGAAUAAAAGCAUUCCUGGCCCAGCAGGCCAGCAUUUGAUGAUUGACCAAUCAGAAUAGGAAGUACCAACUCAUGCAUCAAUCAGGCAUGCAACUGAGAAUUGAGAAAAAAACGAGGAAACUCCAAACCACACAAGACUUUGUACAGUAUUUUUCAAUUUGUAAUGGCAUUCAUGAGAAGUAAACAAACAAGGAAAAUCAGCAGAUCUGAGGAAAGUUGCAUGCCUGAUUAAUUAGGGACACGUCGACGGGAUCUACACUUGUUGCACAUUUAAAACUGUCCUGUUGUGUCAGUGGAUAGAUUUCCCACUGAAGGUCAAAAUAAUUUUCCUAGUUACCACUGGGUCUGUGGGCUUAGUAAACUACUUUACAUUGUUAAGCAAAGGGCCGUACGUAGUUAUGCAAGUCUGGGUCAGCAGAGAUAUCAAACUUGAUAGACCCACUGAAGCUAUGGUAGUAUUGAAAACGAAGACCCCUAAAACGAAGACCAAAGACCAAAGACCCACUCGAAAACAAAGAACCACUCGAAAACAAAGACCCUCUUGAAAACAAAGACCCACUCAAAAACGAAGACCCACUCGAAAAUGAAGACCUACAUUUUCGAGUGGGUCUUCAGUCUUUGUUUUAGGGGUCUUCGUUUUCGAUACUACCCUGAAGCCAUCUGCCUUUGACUGAUCCAGCUCUUGUAUCAGGGAAUCUCAACUAAAAGACAUUGGCAUUUUGCACACUCUGCAAAGCAUGCAUUACAUGUAUUCAGUAGGGAAACAGCCAUUAGCAAUUGUAUUACAUUGUAUUUAUUCCUCGAAUCUACUAAACCAUAGUGCUGGGGCGGUACAGGGAUCAGUGGGUUAAAAUAACACGUGCACUUGACCGAACAGGUGUCGGAUCAGGUGUCAGGGAGUGUGCAGACCAGUCAGUCCUUAACAACUGCAAACUAAUUGACCUGUCGCCGUUUGCGAGUUAGCCACGCCCCUUAGAUAACCCUAUGGAAUUUUUGUACACCAAAUUGUGUUUGUCUCAGAUGUUGCGCGUUCCGCAACCAUUUGUAUAUCAUGUAAUUGGACAAUAUUUCACAAGCUGCGCUGACGCGAUUCUAGAGUGAUUGGUCAAUUCAGUCUGAAGACUUGUUAUUGGAAACUUGCCCUCAAGGAAAGUGUGUGCUGUAAUAUGGAUCCAUUUGUAAACCUUCAGUAAAACCAUAUUUUUUUACAAUCAUACUAUUUCACUCCCGAUCUUUGUCGUUUAAAGAAUUCUAAAUAAGAAAACUUUGUGUUUUGUGUGAACGUCCCACUAGUUGUUCAGUCAUUAUUUUUCGUCCUGGCAAAAAUGCCAGGUGGGGCCGACAGUUCAAUAUGUCUGAACAGGUAUUUUUCUGCAAGAACCAUUCCGUACUGUAAGAGUCAGUACUCCUAUUUGUAAAUACUCGUUGCAUUUUACAAUUGACAAUUCAUUAUUUGUUCAUUAAAAAAGCUGCACUCAAAUCAUUGAAAUGUA